CACCAGGCGCUGCAGCUCCGCCGGCAGCGCAAGGAGGCGGUGCUGGCAGAGAAGCGGAGCUUGGGUAGCAGGGACGGACCCCCACACCUCGUGGUUCUGGUGCCGCUGCACAGCAGGGCUGCAGCACACGACACUCUCCGCCUGCUGCAGAGCCAGGACUCAGCUGUUGUCCGUGUGGAUGAGGGGAGAGCUGGUGACUUUGCACUCCUCUGCCCCCGACUCAAGCAGCGCUGGCGCUUUGUGACAGCACAGGCAGGGGACCAUCAUGCUGUCUUAGACCUAGCAAAGGUUGCCGACUCCCUCCUGUUUAUCUUGGAUCCUGCAGAUGGCUGGGACAGCGCUGGGGAGCACUGUCUCUCCUGCCUCUUUGCACAGGGGCUGCCCAGUUAUGCUCUUGCUGUCCCAGGGGGCACUGACUUGCCACCUAAGAAGCGGAUAGAUGCCAGGAAGAAACUUGCUAAAGCCAUUGAGAAGCGCUUUCCUGAAGCCAAGCUCUUCCCCCUGAACACGGAGCAGGAGUCCUCGCUGUUGCUGAGGCACCUCGCCACCCAGAAGCAGCGUCAUCUCGCUUUUCGGGACAGACGGGCUCACCUGCUGGCCUACGCCGCUGAGUUUGUGCCUGGUCAGGAGAGCGACCUGGUUGGGACCUUGAAGGUGUCUGGCUUUGUCCGGGGACAGACCCUCAAUGUGAACAGCCUGGUGCAUAUUGUGGGGCAUGGAGACUUCCAGAUGAGCCAGGUGGAUGCCCCUCCAGACCCCCUCUCUUUGAAUCCCCGAGUGGUUAAAGGACAGAAGAGGAGUCACGACAUGGAAGUACAGGAUGACUCUGUAAAUGGUGCUGAUGAGAUGGAGGAAGAUGUUAAGGUCCUGAUGAAGGCAGAUCCAAACAAGCAGGAGUCUUUGCAGUCAGAAGUCGUUCCUGAUCCUAUGGAAGGGGAGCAGACGUGGCCCACUGAAGAAGAACUGCAAGAAGCAGAGGCUUCUCUGAAGGCAAACAGGAGGGUGGUGAAGGUCCCCAAAGGCACAUCCAAGUACCAGGCUGCUUGGAUUGUGGAUGAUGGAGAAGAGGGCAGUCAGGAAGAUGAUGAUGAUGACGAUGAAGAUGAUGACAUCGAUGAUGAUAUGAUGGAAGAGGCAGUUUCCCAGGAGGGGGAAAGCAGUGAGGAGGAAGAACCUGCAGAGGAGGAAUGUGAGACCAUGACCAUUUCUGAGUGCUUGCGGGAUGACCAGUACGAUGAGAAGGUGGAGGAAGAUGAACAGAUGCUGGAGAGAUACAAACAGGAGAGAAUGGAUGAAAUGUUUCCAGAUGAGGUGGACACGCCACGUGACGUACCUGCCAGAGUCCGGUUCCAGAAGUACAGGGGGCUGAAGAGCUUCCGGACUUCUCCAUGGGACCCCAAAGAGAAUCUCCCAAGGGACUAUGCCAGGAUUUUCCAGUUCCAGGACUUCUCCCGAACCAGAAAGAACCUCUUCCGGAAAAUAGAGAAAGAGGAGACUGAAGGAGCCUCGGUUGGCUGGUAUGUUACACUUUAUGUCUGCAAUGUCCCUGUCUCGGUGGUGAAGAGCUUCAAAGAAGGGAAGCCACUAGUCCUGUUCUCACUGCUUCCCCAUGAACAAAAGCCCUGCUGUCAGCCCCUCACUGUGAUGCCUCUGCUGCAGAUGUCUGUGUUGAAUUUCCUGGUGCGUCGGCAUCCGAGCAACAGUGAGCCGGUGAGGGCAAAGGAGGAGCUGAUCUUUCACUGUGGGUUCAGGCGCUUCCGAGCAUCCCCGCUGUUCUCCCAGCACACCUCAGCUGAUAAGCACAAGCUGGAGCGUUUCCUGCGCCCGGAUGCUGCCCUGGUGGUGACUGUUUAUGCUCCCAUCGCUUUCCCUCCUGCCUCAGUGCUUCUUUUUAAACAGAGAAGUAACGGUGAGUUGUAA